CUCGGGCCUGAGCAGUUCUUGGUUGGUGCAUCUUACCCUGCAAAAUGGCGUCCACCGUCGCUGCCAUCGCCCCUGUGGCCGUGCGGCCCAUGGCCAGCACCCCCCUGAAGCAGGCCAAGAACACCUUCGCGGCCCGCACCGUGAGCAACGGCUCCAUCAAGAAGGUGUCCGCCAUGCAGGUGUGGACUCCCCUGAACAACAAGAUGUUCGAGACCUUCUCCUUCCUGCCUCCCCUCACCGACGGCGAGAUCUCCCGCCAGGUCGACUACAUCGUGCGCAACGGUUGGACCCCUUGCCUGGAGUUCGCUGACGCCGACCACGCGUACGUGGACGACACCUCCACCAUUCGCCUGCGCGGCAACGCUGUGCCCCUGUACUACGACAACCGUUACUGGUGCAUGUGGAAGCUGCCCAUGUUCGGCUGCACUGACGGCCAGCAGGUGCUGCGUGAGAUCCAGAACUGCCGCCGCGCCUUCCCCGAUGCCUACAUCCGCCUGGUGGGCUUCGACAGUGUCCGCCAGGUGCAGGUGGCCGGCCUGCUGGUGAACCGCCCUGCCUCGGUGCGCGACUACCAGAGCCCCUCCACCCGCUCCGUUUAAGCGGCGCCAGACUUUGGCCUGACGCCCGUGCGGCGGUGCCCCGGCGCCGCCGCCGGUCCAAGACCAAUGCAGCAGCGGCGGCAGGCAGCGCUGGCGCGCCCCAAUGGGGGCGUGCGACCCGUCCCGCGGGCAGCGAGCACCAUGCAGUGCGCAGGUGCCCGUCCGGCAUUGUGGCCAUACAUUUUUGCAGGUGCACAUUCGAUGCUCCUUGAGAAGACCUCCCGACCUGCCCUUGCGGCAGCGUUUCCACUCCAUUCAUAGUUUUGGGAUAUUUUUUUCGCGUUCGCGAGGCGGUGACCCUCGCGUGUAACUGACUCAGGCCCCUUUA